AUGAUCGAAGAUGAGGGGGCAAACAGAAUCACAUGCAAAAUUGGCAACUACGUAAAUAUUCUGACUAGCAAUUUGAUCUUCGUAAACCUCCGGGCAAAGGCGGCCCCGCCUCUACCCCCUCUGCUGGCCCGGUUGUGCGGCGACCCAAGACAAGUGGCCAAGUGGAGUGGAGCAGCAGCAGUAUCCCAGAAGCGAGAAUUGAGCAAACUUUUAUAUGACUCUGGUGGCCGGGGCACCCUUCGAGGAAGGUACAUACAUAGCGGACUACUGUCGGUGGCAAGAGUGGUAAAGGAAGGAACGGACGGCUGGCAGUCAGCAGCAGCAGCUGCUGCCGCAAUUGAUGUUGAUGUCGCGGACACCAAAAGCUCGCACCUCAAGGCGCACAAGCGAACGCAUACGGGUGAGAAGCCGUAUGUGUGCACCUGGGAGGGCUGCAUCUGGCGCUUCGCCCGCUCCGACGAGCUGACCCGCCACUACCGCAAGCACACGGGCGUUAAGCCCUUCCGGUGUCAGCUCUGCACGAGGAGCUUCAGCCGCUCCGAUCAUCUGUCGCUGCACAUGCGCCGCCACUGAGCAGAAGGGCAGAAGAGAAUGAGGAUUGUGACUGCCGAUCUGGCCAUACAUAUAUACAUAUAGUGCAUACAAAACACAUCUAUAUAGACGCCGAGAAUACUCAUCGAAUGUUCUGUUCGCUCUUGACUAUUUAUAUUCACACACGAAUCGCUUUCCAUUGUUCAUUAACUGAGACCAGAUUUUACACAUUUUCCAUAUUGCCUAAGUAGCUCAAUUUAGUGGUAAGCGGGCUCAAAGCCCAAUCUAUUAAUAGGGUAUCCAUAGCUCUAGAGCUGAAGAAUUUGUAAAAUUCAUUUACGUAUUCACAACCCAGAGACAAUUGCCUUCAGAAGCCAAGUUACGAAUGGAUUUGUAAACCUACUACUCGUACACACAUAUGAAUACUCGUAGAACAUAUCCAUAUAGUUUCGUACGAUCAUACAUUUUAUAUAUACAGAUAGUUUUGGGUUGGUGCUAGCAACUUGCGUGUAUAUAUUAUAUAUACAUACAUAUGUAUGUAGAUCUAGAUAUACUUGGUAAGGCGAAUUUUAACUAAUUUUAGAUGAAAUUUUUUAUUGGUUAUUAAGUAGAAAAUUUUAUACUCGUAUACCACACAAAACAAAAGAGAAACAAACACAAACAAAAAACAAGCGACACAAAAGAGGCACAAAAACCAGAGGAAGCCAAGCAAAGCAAUAUAUUUAUAUAAAUAGAAAUUCUCUCAUAUAUAGGAUAUACCUACUAUACACAUUUUGUACUAUACACUAUACGCAUAUGAUAUGAGAGUGAAUGGAGAACAAGGGUGGAUAGCUAAUGGUUGAUUGGUGGGGCAAUUCCAGAGAAGGGAGUUCAAUUUUUUGUAUUUUUGAAUGCCUAGCGUUUCAAAGCUAUGAGAAAUAAGUGUUGGAUUCACUUUGAUGGGUAAAACGGACUACAUUCCUUCAAAGACUAUUUUAUCAACCACUUUAUUUGAUGUUUAUUCAACUUUUGUAUAAUUGUAUAAUUUCCCCAUUUUCUCCCUUUUCCCCUUUAAAGGUAUAUCUUUCGAUAACAUAUGCAUUUCUUUAAGUACCCGUCUUCGCGAGACUUAUGAAACGCACUGUAUUCCUUGCCUAAUCCUAACAGCAUUCUGCCGCGUCUCAACUGUCAUCGUAGAUUUAGCUCCACGCACACUCCCAGAAACACACACACAAAAAGCAAAACAAAUUGUUUUAUUUUUUUAAAUAAAAGAAAAGCAAAUACGUUUUUUUCGUACCAUAUGCAGACGUACGGCGGACACUGUGCUCAUUACGGGGUCCGUGGCCAAAUCCGUUGUGGAUUUUCAUUUGAAUGAAAAAUCAAUUGAGCUCACAAUGGGGCAAUGGCUAACCAAGUGGUUAGGCUCCCUCCUCCUCCUCCUCCUCCUUCUCCUCCGUCUCCAUCUCCAUCUCCUUCACUGAUCCGGUGGCGGCUCCCCAAAGAUGUGUGGCAAGUUGUCAGCAACUGCUUUGCUGCUGCGGCCUUUGUCUUCGGCGUGGCACGCACUCCCCGGCAAUUGUCCAGGGGAGCAUUGUCGUUGUCGACGUCGUAGUCGUCGUCGUCGUUUGUCGUUUGUCGUCGACUGUGCAACGUUGCCGCAGAGCAUUGCGCGCGUGGUUUGCAAUAAUAAAGAUGACAAA